UCGCCAUUGAAUCAAUCAUAUUGUAUAAUACAAUCGCCACAUAUCACAAGCAGCAUUGAAAAGAUGUUCAGACUACUUAUAUUUGUCAUCCUUGUGUAUGCAAUUUUUAUAUGCGCUGCUUAUCCAUACCCACAAGGAUGUUCGGAUAAUGUUUGCAAUCCUCCACCUCCAACUCAGCCAACUGCUCUGACUAGGAUUAGGGAGCUGCUUACAAGGAUAGCUAAUCUCCUUCGGAGUCUCGCGUAAUAGCUGUAAAUUAUACAGCUAAUCUAGUCUAUUGUCUUUCUUGUUUGUAUUAGUGUAGUAAGGAGCGCGAGAUCCUUCCGUUAUUCUUCAUAAUUAAUUUAUCCUCCUCCAUGGGAGUUAAUUAUAGUAGGCAAAAUGAUUAUAGUAGGCGAAAUGAUG